GCGCGGCGGCGCUGCGAGGCUGCCGCUGCUGCCCCUGCGGGCCCCGGGCGCGUCUCCGCGGGCGGCGCUGCCCGCGGCGCGGCGUGUGCACCGAGCGAGUGAAGGUAUGUUUGGCGGGCGCGGCUGGAGCUGCUGCCGCCGCCGCCGCGCCAGCAGGUCCUAAUGCCUGUCACUUCCCAGGACACUGGCAGCAGCAGCCCGGAGCCCCCGAGCCCUCGGCAGGUUUGCCUGUCCUUCCCCGCGAUCUGAUUGGAUAAAGUGGGGGCUCGACGGUGGCCGACGUGGGACAGUCUGGCUGUGGCAGGGGUCUCGGAAACCAUGGGUUAUUGCAGUGGCAGGUGCACGCUUAUCUUUAUCUGUGGCAUGCAACUGGUUUGUGUGCUGGAGAGGCAAAUAUUUGACUUCCUUGGAUAUCAGUGGGCACCUAUCCUGGCAAAUUUUGUACAUAUUAUUAUCGUCAUUCUUGGUUUAUUUGGGACUAUUCAAUAUAGACCUCGUUACAUAACAGGAUAUGCUGUCUGGCUAGUCCUCUGGGUUACCUGGAAUGUGUUUGUUAUCUGCUUCUAUUUGGAGGCUGGGGACCUCUCAAAGGAAACAGACCUUAUCCUGACUUUUAAUAUUUCAAUGCACCGAUCUUGGUGGAUGGAGAAUGGACCAGGAUGUACGGUGACAUCAGUGACACCCGCACCAGACUGGGCCCCAGAAGACCAUCGCUACAUCACGGUCUCAGGGUGUUUUCUGGAGUACCAGUACAUAGAAGUGGCUCAUAGUUCCCUCCAGAUUGUCCUCGCACUGGCAGGGUUCAUCUACGCCUGUUAUGUUGUGAAAUGUAUAACUGAAGAAGAGGACAGCUUUGAUUUCAUAGGUGGCUUUGAUUCUUAUGGCUAUCAAGGGCCUCAGAAGACAUCUCAUUUACAACUACAGCCUAUGUACAUGUCAAAAUAAUACAGAUGGCCUCAGUAUGUCAGCUCCUGGACCUUUCAAAGAACUUGUUUUGCAGUGGCCUCCUGCAUUUUAUGAAGAGCAAGAAGCAACUGAGUUUAAAUAUAUAUACAUGUUAACAGAACAAACAUAAAGCCUCUACAUACACUGAGACACACACACACACACACACACGCACGCACACACACACAGAGGCACAUACUAAUUCCUCUUGGCCUCCUCUUUCUAACUGAAACAAAUAUGCAGGACACUCCCAUCUUGGAUUUCCUGAAAGUAGGCUUCUUUCUCCCAGGCCUUUGGAAAGUUCAUAAGGAGAUGUGUUGGUGCCCUCUGCUGGCCGUCACUAACUACUCUGCAGCCCAGCCAGUCGGCCUCUGUGAGCUGCAAAGUCAUCCAGGGCACAUUAGUUUGACAGCCCUGUCUUCUGCACUCCAUACGUCUUGAUAGCACCACGGCUACGUAGGCAAUGUAAUUGCAAAAACAAACAAAACAUGCCAUGAUGACCUUGUAACCGAAGUCCGAAAUGGCAGGUUGUUUGCCCUAAAGGCUAUACCGUACAUACUUGCCUUAACCCACCUAAGUUGUGCGCCCGAGUCUCAGUGCAGACCUCCCCAAGUCACUUCCUUUAGGCUAACACACUGCUAUUAAUUCCGAACGAGUUUGAGUCUGUGUGUUUCACGUCAAGAAACAGGACUGCAUAGCUCAGCAGCUCAGUGUGUCUGUGUACAAAAACUGCCAGCUGUCAGCAAAGUGCUUUAUCAUUGAACCUCCAUGGUGGCCAAAAACAGACAAGUGACAAUAACAACAACAACGUUCUUUAUAAUUCUUAAAUAUGGUCUUCUGAAGGGGUUGGGUGGGACAAAGUAAAAUUUAUUAAUCUACUAAACUCAUAAUCUACUGGAAGCAGAGAACAGAAAUGGCUUAACUCACUGAUUUUAUUUACUGCACUCUAGGUGCUUUUAUAAGUAUCUACAAAUGUCUUUUACUAACACAGAAACAGCUGUGGAUUUCUAUCAACAGAGGCCAACUGAAUAUGUAUUAGCUAUGUUUACUCUUUUAUAUCUAAUUCAAAUGGAAGACCCUACGUAGGUGAACUUUUUUUCCUAACUUCAGCGUACGAGAUUAUUUUUUGGGUGGGCGGGGGGAGCAAUAGUUACCUUGGUGAAAUAUUUGAGAUCUCUUUGUGGUAUUUGGGGGAUCUGUUGUGUGUUAGAGUGUAUUUUAAUCCUCCUGUAUUAUUGUGGCAGAAAAACUGUGCUGUUAACGUAGUUGGCAACAAGAUGCCUUUGGAAACUUAAUAGUAGGUCAAUGUGUUUAUGGAAUAUUCUGAAUUCCUAGGAAAUUUUGUUCUAUAUACUCAAGCAUUAUUUGGUUUUCAUUAGUGGGAAACAUAAUUAGCUCAGGCUUAUCAGGAACUCCGAAGAGUCAUGUUUUUUCUUGGAUCCACCUGAGAUGCUAAAAUCAAUUUUUUUAAAACUAAUACAACAUCCUUCAGUGCAGUGAAAUUGAGACUUGAAAAGUUACAAAUUGGCAUGGAGCAAUGUUUUCUCUCUUGGUUUCUAUGUAGUUUCUUCAGUUAUUGGGUUAACCUACUUUGGACCUUAGCCCAUCCAGAUCUACAUAAACCAGCCCCAUUACUGUGUUUGCAUGGAUGUCUGUGAAAUACACACAUAUACAUUCAAAAACGAUAACGGAACAAAGGUUAUAUUGGAACAUAAACUAAAAAAAAAAAAAAAAAAAAAGGUUCCAGCACUUGUGCUUGAAUUUUCUCAGUGGCUUGUAUAUGUUUGUCCAUACAUACAUGUAUAAAAUAAAUAAUUGCAAACAUGUCAGUGAAACCUCAUAUGAUGAUUUUAUAGUGACAUGCAUGUUUAAUGUAGGAGAAAAAUAUUUACCAAUUUAUUGUCCUCUGAUUCUUAAAAUUUAAAUACUCUACAUGCCAGAAACUAUUCUAAUGUGACUAUUAACGUGAAAAUUAAAAUGAGGUUUCACUGUACAUUCAUGCUGUGAUGAGAUUCCACCUUAUAGGACAUGUAUAUGGAUAGAGAUUUAAGUGCACAGAGAACAAGCCCUCAUAUUCCUGCUUUAAGUUGCAGCCAAGCUACCACUUAAUCACUACUAUCAUCACCACCAAAAUUUUCAAAACCAGUUGUUGACUACUAAAGAGUAAUUCGUGGACAGGUCUUCUUUUGGGAGCAGUGAGCACAGUAGUGUGAUUAUAUCUGGAAAACCAUCUGAGUUGUACAGCUGAUUCCUCCUCAAAAUCCGGUGAAGAAUGCUAUUUUUCUAGGCUGAGCUUUUGUUAUAAACCUAAUAUUCAGAAGGCAAGAGUUACAAUCCUGAUGUGUCUUUUUUUUUUUUUGCGUUUGUUAAUUCUGAAUGUAU